UCCCUCUCUCUACCUUCUCUGGAAAUUAGGGUUUUUUUGCCUCUUCGCUUACCGCCUCAACUACGCGUCUCCGCGAGCCGCCGUCUACAGAAUGGAUUCUCAGAUCAAGCACGCCGUUGUGGUCAAAGUGAUGGGUCGUACCGGAUCCAGGGGUCAGGUGACUCAGGUUCGAGUGAAGUUCACCGAUUCCGAUCGUUUUAUUAUGCGAAAUGUUAAAGGGCCCGUGAGAGAAGGCGAUAUCCUCACUUUGCUCGAGUCCGAGAGAGAAGCUAGGAGACUUCGUUGAUGCGCCUGCAGUUAUUUCUGUCUUUUGAUAUUAUGCUUUUGACUCGUACUUUGUUGUUGUUUUAAGACAAUUUGUGGAUUCAUAUCUUUUCUUUUUUUUUGGUAUACAAAGUCUCUUAUCUGUUUGUCUGAAACUCUUUAUAAUUAACUCUUAUUCCCCACAU